CAGAUAGAGGCGUCGUGAGGCUAUCGGCCCGGGGUAACCACAUGGAAUAUGGUAUCUGGAGUCUUCAUGCGGCAAGUGGAUUAUGGGGCGAUCCGCGGCUGAUUCGCCGAGCGGCGGCACUUGUACCGCCAGGUGCCCCGCCGAUACUUCCGCGUGCAGGAUUUGCAUUGAGUUCGCUGCAUCAUCCCCUUGAUCCUGGUGCCUACAAGGCUAUCGAAUUAACCGCCAAUUCUUCGCACAGUGUCAACAGCGAUGAAGCGAGAAGUGAAGCAAGCACUCCACUUGAUACCGUCAAGAAAUCGGAAGACAACGAAAGUAACAUCGAAAGAAAUGAAGAGGACGAGGAAAAUAAUUACAAGAGCUCCCUACCGACAGAGUCUAACGAUAAUAACAACGAAGAUGCUGGUGAGGAAAGCGACACUAGUACAAAUAGCUCACAGCACUCCCGGAAUAAUAAUUCACCGGGGAAAGCACUGGAUCCCUUGGCAUAUUUUGGCAUGGAUAAAGACGAACCAAUAACGCCGGUUCUCAAUGGCUGGGUAUUGAGUGCCUAUACAGCUAUGCUGGGGAGACUAUCCGCAGCUACUGCUGCCUUGGAAGCAACAGAGGUACCAGGAAUGCCGUCCGACAGUGACUCUGAUAGCGACAGUUCGUCCUACACCGAAAGAUCGAGAGGAGAGAGUCCUGUGACUGGCGCCUACAGAGGCUAUCCCUGUGGCUCCUGCGAUGUGAUAAGCUCAACAAGACCCGCCCUGAGGAAACACAUUCUCAACAGUCAUCCAGCUUCUCCCGAAACGAAUGAUGGUGAUCCCCGCGGCUGUCCUUCAGCAGGAUGCACUUUUACGAGUAACAGCAGAUGCGAAAUGGAGACGCAUGUCGCUAGUCACAUGGCUCAGGGGACUACAUCAGGAAAAAAGAGGUCAUUGGCACUGCAACGCGUCAGGUAUAGAUAUGAACGGGAAGAAUACAGAUGCACCAUGUGCACAUAUGCCUGUACAAUUGAGAAGGCAUUCCAAAGACAUCUCAGGGCCCAUGCGAAAGGCGCUGCCCCGGAAACGAGAGUGAGUUGUGCUGUCUGUGGAGCCGACAGGUCUUCCGAAGUAGAUUUGAGCCGACACAUGAGGAGGCAUCGAGAUGAUAGAUAUUUUUGCUGCGACAUUUGUGUAUUCCGUACCGUACAACUAAAAAAAUUAAUCCAGCAUCGUCGAAUGCACACUGGCGAAAAACCCCACCUAUGCCCUCACUGCGCAUACAGAAGUGCACGCCGUGAUAAUUUACGCAGUCACGUACGUAGAGUGCAUAAGAAAGAAAAUCUGUACUGCGACACCUUCAGUCCACGUGGUAUGCUGAUUGCACCGAUUCCAUCAGCCUCCUCAAUAACAGAUCAAUCGACAACCACGAAUGUUCAGAGCUCUAACUCACCGAGUCCUUCCAGUCAAGAUAGGGUGAAUUAGCGUUAUUAAUUGCUCGAUAAAUUAUAGUGUUAUUAUGUGGAAACGAACAGCUCGAAUUUCAACGUCCUCAAUUUGUCAAUAUAACUAGGUCAACUACCGUCAACAUUAUCUAAUGUUUAUUUCCAAUCUUCAGAUAAAAAUCUCUUCUAUAAUUUUUGUUGAGAUUUACCCUGGUCAUUUCGUCACUACUGCGCUAGGUAACGAGUGUCGAUUGAAGAAUAGAGGACACGAAAAUGAAUUUUCAAGAAUUAACAAUGAAAAGGUGAAUAUUAAGAGGAUUUCAAAUAUGGUGCUGAGAAUUAAUUAGACUGAUUCUCUUUUAAUUUACGAAAGACUGAG